AUGAAUUUACCUAAUAAAUCUAAAAAGCCUGAUAGAAUGAUGAGGACAUUAUUCAUAUCUUAGCCAAUUAUAUUUUAAUCUAAAGCCAUAAGCAAAAGUGAUAUGGUUUUGGAAACUGGUUAAGAAUCAAUUUCCACAAGACCUUAUAAUUUUUAGACUUUAGAAUCUUAGAGUAUUUAAUAGAAUGGAUUUGGAUUAAAUACAAAUAUAUUUUAUGAUAAUCUUAAUAUAUUAGAAAAUGAUUUAGGUAAGUUAAGAGUAUUAAAACCUGGAUAAGUAAAUCCUUUAUAUUCUUAGUCUUAAAAAUGUUCAACCUAAAAUAUAUUCUAAGGUAUAAAUAUAUACAUAUAUUCUAAGAUGCUGAAAAUGAAGAACGUAAAAAAUUUAUCGAUUAUACAGGAAUUCCUAGAUUUGAAAAAUUAAAAUAAGAUAAAUUAAUAAAGUAUUCAGUAGUUGGAUAUUAAUAAUUUCUUAAAACUCAUUAAGAAAAGAAAAAACAAUACGAUUAAAAAAAAAUCAAAAAUUAGAAUACAAAUAAUGGAAUCACAGAGGAUUCAGCUAUAGAAGAAUAGCUAUAAGUAAAGACAAGCUAAUUUAGUGAGAAAUUGAUAUAAUAAAGUAGAAAGACACCAAAAAAGAAUAGAGGAGAUUAGAAAUUUUUAAAUAAGAGAGAUUUAGUUUAAAUAAUGAGAGAUGCAGAAAAAAGAAUAUAAUAAGGCGAAAAAGAAUAAGAAGAAUAGGAAAGAAAAUUACCAUAAAAUAUAAGAAAUGCUAUCACAAGAGAAUAAAGAUCAAUAAAAAAGCAUGAAGAAGUAAAAUCUUUAUGGGAAAAUCUUAAUAUUUAAGUCGCCUCAAAUUGUUUUCGAAAACCUGAAGAAACUAUUAUGGCUAGAUCUGAUUAAUAUAGAGAAAAAAACUAAAUGGUAUAAGCAUUAGAAUUAUGUAAAGGGGAUGAUGAAAAAAAUAAUAGCCGUUACUGGUAUUUAAGAUUAAGAUGGUAUGAUCAUAAAGAUUCAAGACCUCCAUUUACAUUAUUGACUUCAAAAAAUUAAUAAUAAAGUGAAAGAAAAUUUGAAAAUAGACUUACAAAUAGAUUUGUAACAGAUACUGAUGCAGAAAGAUUAUAUCAAUAGUAAUAAUUUGUUUUAUCAGAUAUUUAAUCUAAUUUUAAUGCUAAAUUAGUCGAAAAUCCUUUUAAAUAAGUUGAAACUGUUAUAUCUCAGUAAAAAUUAAAGUCACAAUAACUCACUAGUACAGAUUAAUUCAAUUUUUAAGAAUCACCUAAAUCUAAAUUAUAUUCAACCAAAUUGGAAUCUAUGUAUCAUUAGAAAUUGAAAGGUAAACCGAAAAAUAAAUUUGCUGAUUGUCAAGAUUAUUUAAGUUUAACAGGAGAAAAUUAAUUUAAAAGAGAACUAAGAAUGUUAAAAAGAGAGUAAUAACAAGAAUUUAAGAUAGCAGAAAUUCCAACUGAAGAAUAAGAGUUGGUUAUAAAUACUUGGAAUACAAGGAAUUUAGCUAAAUCUGGUGAACAGAUAUUGUUUUGAUUAUAAUAUUUAUUUUAACGAAUUUAUAAAUGUCAUCUAUUGAAACCUAAUAAGAACUAUGUAAAUUUUUUAUAUUAGUAAUAAAUGGCAUGAGGUAUAUUAAAUAAUAUAAAUAGAGACGAUUAGAAAAGUGUUUAGAAUUCAUAUAAGAAAUUACAGAUAAUAAAUAUAUACCUCCAUUUUUUUAAAAUUCAGUUUGUAGAUUAGAGCAGCUUUAAAUUUAUUUAAAAUCAUAUGGGAUUGAUACAUAAGCUUAUGAAUUAAAAGACAUGAUUGGUAGAUUAGGAGGAUUUGAAGAUAGAUUAUUAUUUAGUUAGUUUUAAGAUAGAUAUUUGAGAUUACCUGGUAAUGUUUAAAAAAAAGAAGCAGAAAUAUCUUUUAUUAGAUUACUUUAUGAAGAAAUAUAGUUAGAAAGAUAAUUAGAUGAUUAAAGAGUAAGAAUUUUUAGAAGAUGGGAUUAUAAUUAAGAAAUUCUUUUUAAUAAGUUAUGCCCUGGAAGUAAUGCUGUAGAUUUUAAUAAAAUGAGAAAGUUUUUUAUACGUAUUAGAUAGAAUUUGAAUGAUGAAGAUAUAAAAUUAUUAUUAAAAAGAGUUGGAAAUGGAGAUGGUACAAUAAUGAGUUUUGAAGAUUUUAGUUAAGCACUCAAAACAUAGAAAUAGAGAGCUUAAGAAAAGAUUUAAAUUCCUAUUAUGAAAAAUAGUAUACUUUUAAAUAAACAAAAUAAUAAUUCCAAUUAUAUGGAUAAAUUUAGAAAAAGAUACAAACCUCUAUAAACCUAAUAAUCUUUUAUAUAAAAAGAUGGUUGUUAAACUCCAAGAGCAAAAACACCAACUCCUAGUAGGAAUACAGAACCAAAAUUAGCAAGAACGAAGACACCAAAUCAAUUAACAGAAUAAAAGUCUUUUAUAAAUGAAAAUAAAGCAAUUAAUAAUCUUAUGUCAAUAUACUUAAAUUAAUAGAGAUGUUUAUAAAAUGUUAUGAUUUAAUUAGAUGAAGUUGUUCUACUAAAAUCUUUGAAUUAAAAUGAUUGGCAUAAACAAUGGUAAACUUUUAGUGUGAACUCAUAAGAUAUAUCUUAUGAUUAUUUUAUUAACAUUUUAACUUAUUAUGAUAAAAGAUUACCAUUUAAAGAUAAAAUUGAUAUUAUUGACUUACCUGUUUCUGCUCUUACAAUUGCAGAUAAUCUUUUCUAAUUAUUAAGAGACUAAGAACUUCAAUUACAAAAAGCAAGAAUAUAGUAUCUUAAAUAAGAUUAAGUUAACUCUUUAGAUAUAUAUUUUGUUAAAGGUUACAUGGAUGUAUUAGAUGUAUUUCAAAUAUUACAAAAAUCAACAAUAACUAAUGUUAGUUUAUAAGAUGCAGAACUUAUUAUAGCAAGGUUCAAUAAUUUUAAUGGAUAAAAAUAAAUUACAAAAGAAGUGUUUCUAAAUGAAAUUAAUUGA